AUGCUUAGAACCAUUGUCAAACAAAAUGUAUGUUUUAAAUCAAGUUAUCCAUUUUAAAUUAUUGCUGUUCUAGAUCAAAUAAGGAAGUUUAUAAAUCUUUGGAACUUUUAAGAACAAUUCUUCAUUCCAUUCACAAGCUAAUUCUUAAUGAUUGGUAUUAAAGUGUUUUUCAAAAGUUGUGUAUCACAGGUUUUAUCAUUUGGCUCAAUUUUUAGAGGAAAAAGCGAAUAAUCAUAUAUUAAAACCGUCCCCGAAAAAACAGAUUUUAUGCCAAAAAAAAAUUGAUUGAUUGGUUUCUUGAUUGGUCUCUUCAUUGAUUUAGCAAUAAAAUUGAUUGAUUGGUUUCUUCAUUGAUUUAGCAAUAAAAUUGCUUGAUUGGUUUCUUCUUUGAUUUAGCAAUAAAAUUGAUUUUAAUGUUUUUAAAUUACUAACAUUUUUAAUUUUAGACAGCUAUUCGUUCAUUAGCAACUUUUGCCUCACCAGAUUCAGUUUUACCAAAAAAAUAUGGUGGUAGAUAUACAGUUACUUUGAUUCCUGGUGAUGGUGCUGGUCAAGAAAUUACUGAUUCAGUUAAAAAAAUUUUUAAGUCUCAAAAUGUUCCAAUUGAUUGGGAAGUUGUUGAAGUUAGUGGUGUUGAAAGUGAAACUGGAAAAUCUCAUGGUGUCGAUGAAGCUGUUGAAUCUUUAAAAAGAAAUAAAGUUGGUUUAAAAGGUAUUUUAUAUACUCCAAGUGAUAAUUCUCAUAAAUCUUUAAAUGUUGCUUUAAGAAAAGAAUUGGAUAUUUAUGCUUCUUUAGUUUUAAUUAAAAACAUUCCAGGUGUUAAAGGUAUUUAUGAUGGUAUCGAUUUUGCUUUAGUUAGAGAAAAUACUGAAGGUGAAUACUCUGGUUUAGAACAUCAAUCAUAUCCAGGUGUUGUUGAAUCUUUAAAAAUUAUGACAAGAUUUAAAUCUGAAAGAAUUGCAAAAUUUGCUUUUGAUUUUGCUAAAAAAAAUAAUAGAAAAUUAGUUACUGCUAUUCAUAAAGCAAACAUUAUGAAAUUAGGUGAUGGAUUAUUUAGACAAACUGUUAAAGAUGUUGGUCAAGAUUAUCAAGGUAUUGGUGUAAAUGAUUUAAUUGUUGAUAAUGCUUCUAUGCAAGCUGUUGCUAAACCUCAACAAUUUGACGUUUUAGUUACCCCAAAUUUAUAUGGUUCAAUUUUAUCAAAUAUUGGUGCUGCUUUAAUUGGUGGUCCAGGUUUAGUUCCAGGUGCUAACUUUGGUAGAGAAUAUGCUGUUUUUGAACCAGGUUGUAGACAUGUUGGUUUAGAUAUUAAAGGUAAAAAUACUGCUAACCCAACUGCUAUGAUAUUAUCAGCUGCUAUGUUAUUAAGACAUUUAGGUUUAAAUCAAGAUGCUGACAUAAUUUCAAAAGCUACUUAUGAUGUUAUUGCUGAUGGUAAAAUAAGAACAAAAGAUAUUGGUGGUUCAUCUUCAACAACUGAGUUCACUGAUGCUAUAAUUGAAAAAUUAGCUUAA